CGGAAGCCCGGGUUAGCCCCGCCCCCUCCCCUCGAGCCGGGGCUCGGUCGCCUGGGCGCUGCAGCCAUGACGGCGCGCGGGACUCCGAGCCGCUUCCUGACCAGCGUGCUCCACAACGGGCUGGGCCGCUACGUGCAGCAGCUGCAGCGCCUGAGCUUCAGCCUCAGCCGCGACGCGCCCUCGUCCCGCGGCGCCAGGGAGUUCGUGGAACAGGAGGUGGCCGACUUCGCCCGACAGAACCCGGGGGUCGUCAUAUACGUGAACGCGCGGCCGUGUCAUGUGCCCAGAGUCGUGGCCGAAUACCUGAACGGGGCGGUGCGCGAGGAGAGCCUCAACAGCAAGUCGGUCGAGGAGAUCACGACGCUGGUGAAGAAGCUCGCGACCCAGUCGGGCUUGGACAUCAUCCGCAUCCGCAAGCCCUUCCACACGGACAGCCCCAGCGUCCAGGGCCAGUGGCACCCCUUCACCAACAAGCCGACGGCGCGGGGCGGGCUGCGCCCCCGAGAGGCCCAGGGUCCUGCCCCCGCCCAGGGGCAAGCCCAGUGAAGAGUUGCCCCGACUCCAGCCCCAGGGAAGGCGGUUCCUCCUCUUUUGGUUCCGGGGGUUACAAGCCCAGACGGACAGAUGGAGCCUGAGAAAGAGAAAGUUGAUGCCAAAACUUUCGCUCGGGACAGAGAAGAGCUGCCUGUUGCUUUUGGUGCCCACUGCGAGGGGCAGUGACCUUGUGUCUCAAUUAGCCAGUUGGCAUUGCUGAAACCUGAGAGUCUUCUGGGCUCUUCCUGGGUCCUCCUCUUUGAAAUCCAAAUUGAUGACAGUGGUCUCUCACAGCGAGGGACUCCCAGGCCGGCUUCUGAAGCGUCUCUGAGGUUCUGUUUCUGCAGCCCCUGAGCUAGAGAGCGCCAGCACCUUCUCUGCUGUGAACCUGGCACCGGGCGAGGCUGUAUGAAUGCGUGUACAUGACAAAACUGAGAUGAAUAAACUUGCGCACGGUCACA